AUGCGCAAGUUGGCCAAGGCGCUUCCUCUGGACACACCAACCGUAAUCGAGUUAGCGCCGGGCAACAGCAUCAGGGUCACUCUUAUCGAUGCUAACCACUGCGUUGGAGCUGUCAUGUUCCUAAUUGAGGGCAGUGGCAAAGCAGUACUUUACACUGGCGAUAUUCGAGCAGAGGAAUGGUGGGUGAACUCGUUGAUACAGAACCCAGUACUUCUGCCGUAUACACUCGGAAACCGAAAAUUAGACUGCAUGUAUCUGGACACGACCUUUGCCACGAAGAAAAAGCCCUAUCGACAGUUCCCGAGCAAGGCGCAAGGUAUACAAGAGUUGCUCAGCAAAGUGAGUGACUACUCCGACGACACUAUAUUCUAUUUCCAUUCAUGGACCUUUGGCUAUGAAAACGUCUGGAUAGCGUUAUCUGCAUUUUUGGGUUCUCGAAUCCAUCUCGACGACUACCGAGCACGCAUAUAUGGCUCCUUGUCCGCAUUGGACAAGCGACAACUUCGAGAAGCGGGGCUCGACGUGCCAGCAAGCAAUAAAGCACUACAAGAAUCUGGACUUGAGAUCCGUGAGGCUCCUGCUUUAUGCGGUUUCAAGAAUGGAAACCACAUACAACCGGGCUGUUUGACUUCUCGGGAGGAUGUCCGCAUUCACAGCUGCGAGCGCGGCAUGGGCUGUUCCGUCCUAGACCGCGAUACGAACGCCAAGAUUGUACACAUUAUCCCGAUCGUCACACGCGCCAACGGUGAAGACAUUGCCGAGUUGGGUGCAGGAGGUGGAAAGGGUGACUUGGACCAAAAAGAAGAGCUGGAGUCUGGCGGUAUGGGCGACGUCAAGAAGUUGAUGGAGCUCUGUGCUACAUCCAUAAAUGAUGAACAGUUGCUUGAAAGGGUCAUCACCUUACUCCAGCAGAGUCUCUUGGGAGACGGCAAGCUCGACCUUGGUAUGCAACUACAAAAGCAGUUUGAAGAGACCCAGCGCGAUCUGUCCCUAAAGACCCUCGUCUCUGUGCUAUCAUCGAAUGUUUUGCAAGCUUCGAAAAGCGGACCGCCACUCAACAGGACCAUUAGGUUUCCGUACAGUCGCCAUUCUUCUUACUUCGAGCUCUGUGGUCUUGUCAGAGCUUUCAGCCCUAGGGACGUCUUUCCAUGCACUGUUGACGAGACUCAAUGGACACCCGAACUCAGCAUACGGAAUCUGUUUGGCAGUCUCUGUUCGAGUGAACUUUUCUCUCACGACGUGGUAAUGGUGGAGCUGUACAAAGCUAGAGUUGACUACGAAGACCGGCAGAAACGAGGCAGAGAAGAGAGCCCGACGAAUACGCAAAUGACUGGAGAUGGGACUGCGAGCCCGCCUGUGACUCAAUUGGUCGUGGAGGAAGCCGUUGCAUUACCUACAUCAUAUCAAGCUGCUCCGAAACCCCCGACCGCGAUGGACACCAUCCAGCCAUCAACGAUUCCAUCCCCAUCAGAGACUUCUCCGCAAAACAGUCGUCAUGAUCAAGUGGCUGUCCAGAGUCCAGAUCAUACAGUGAUCGAUUCAUCUUCAGCCCCCAAGCGAAAGACCGGAGCCAAUACUCCCUCCAGAACGGAGGCUCUGGUACCCAGCUCCCACAAGAAGCAACGAAUAACGCAUCGACAACUCGCGUAUGACGCAGCACUUGGAAAAAAUGGCCUUUCUUGGAGCGAUUUCGGAGGCUUGGUAUCAACUAAAAGCAAGAAGACCCAGGAUGAGCAGGAGCUAUAA